CCUACAAACGAUGGCAAUGGCACUGUCCCAGUUUAUGAAGUUGGCCGUCCGUCCCGCGGUAUGCCGUGCCCUCUCCUCGAAGGCUGCCCCCGAGCUAGACGUUUCCCCGACCGGACCGUCUUUUGCGCUGAGCGACGAACAGCGCGAAAUUGUCGAUCUUACGAAGAAGUUUGUCCGGGAGGAGAUCAUUCCGGUUGCGGCCCAUCAUGAUAAGACCGGCGAAUAUCCGUGGGCCAUCAUCAAGAAGGCGUGGGAGCUUGGGCUUACCAAUAGCCACAUUCCGGCCGAAAUUGGUGGAACGGAAAUGUCGAUCGUAACGAGCUGUCUCGUUGCGGAACAGUUUGCGUACGGUUGUACCGGUAUUAUGACUGCAAUCGAGGCUAGCGGUUUGGGACAAACACCCGUCAUCAUUGCCGGCAAUAAGGAGCAGCAGAAAAAAUACCUUGGCCGCCUCCUUGAGGAACCACUCGUCGCUGCCUACUGCGUAACGGAACCGGGUGCCGGUUCGGACGUUAACGGUGUAAGAACGCGUGCUGAAAAGAAGGGCGACGAGUACAUCCUGAACGGACAGAAGAUGUGGAUCACGAACGGUGGCGUAGCGAACUGGUAUUUCGUUCUCGCCCGUACCAAUCCCGAUCCUAAGUGCCCCGCCUCGAAAGCUUUCACUGGCUUCAUCGUCGAGCGAGACACACCCGGUCUAACUCCGGGCCGUAAAGAACAGAACAUGGGCCAACGUGCUUCCGAUACGCGUGGCAUUACGUUCGAGGAUGUGCGCGUACCGAAGGAGAACGUGCUGGUAGGUGAAGGUGCCGGUUUUAAGAUUGCAAUGGGAACGUUCGAUAAGACGCGACCCCCAGUAGCGGCCGGUGCCGUCGGAUUGGCACAGCGUUGCCUAGACGAAGCACUAAAGUAUGCGCUCGAGCGUAAAACGUUCGGCGUACCGAUUGCUGCCCAUCAGGCCGUUUCAUUCAUGCUCGCCGAUAUGGCGAUCGGUGUCGAGACGGCACGACUCAUCACGAUGAAAUCGGCCUGGGAAGUUGAUCAGGGAAGGCGGAAUAGUUACUACGCGUCGAUUGCGAAGUGCUAUGCGUCCGAUAUUGCGAACAAGAUCGCUACCGAUGCGGUACAGGUGUUCGGUGGAAAUGGGUUCAACAGUGAGUAUCCGGUGGAGAAGCUGAUGCGUGAUGCAAAGAUUUACCAGAUCUACGAGGGUACGUCGCAGAUCCAGCGGUUGAUCAUUUCGCGCAACAUGAUCGAAGCUGCUAAGCAGCAGGCGUAA